AUGAUAGUUCAACGUUUGAAUAAUCCAAAUGGUAUUCAAGUUGAAAUUGUUAAUGCUUCUAUAGUGAAUUCGCAAGCAAAAGUGUUGUCAAACUAUACAUUAAUUAUUAUUUCAAAAUUCAUAUGUAAUUCGACUACCUGCCAACUAUCGCUUAACACCACCAAUCAACCAAAUUAUGUAGUCAUUAUUAACACAAAUGGUACACUAGUGACUGUAUCUUUAACAAUACUGAACGUGAAAGAUAUCACUUCAACUACAGUGACACCAGUUUUAGUUGGUGAAAAGCCUCCAACGAGAUCUGCGCAAUUAGGCAUGGGUUUAGGGAUAUCAUUUUGUGCUGUGAUUAUUAUUGUUGAAAUUAUAUUUCUUAAUAUACUUUCAGCACGUUCUACACGAUGA